GGGCGAGGCCCGUCGUACGCCGGACGUCAGUUCCCAAACCUAAUCCUAAAGAAGAGCCACUGGGAUAGGGUUUAGGGUUUUUGAAGCUCGUGCAGUCGUGCAUCAAAAAGGGGGCUUUUGUCCCCAGUUCCCGUUCCCUGAUCGAGAGGAAUGGCGGAAUUAGGUUUACGUCUAGGGUUUCGAAUCGGUUUCUUCCAUUCAUCGAGCUUCGGGGGCGUCCCUUUGUGGAACGCGGAUUGUUUCCCACCGCCAUCGAUCAGGUGCAGGCCAUACAUUCAUUGUUCAACUGACCGAUCAAUAAAGUUGAAGAAAAGUGGGAAAAAAGAGCACCAUUUAUGGAUGAAGAGAGACUCAACUGGGUCUGGGCAAAAAGCUCUCAAUCUUGUUCGCAUUGUUUCAAAACUUCCUAAUGAAAAAGAAAUCAUCUAUGGAGAAUUGGAUAAGUGGACUGCCUGGGAGACAGAAUUCCCUGUUAUUGCGGCGGCAAAAGCUUUAGAAAUUUUGCGAAAACAAAGACAAUGGUUACGAAUCAUUCAAGUUACCAAGUGGUUGUUAAGCAAAGGUCAAGUACUCACAAUGGGAACAUAUGACACAUUGCUACUGGCAUAUGAUAUGGAUGGAAGGAUUGAUGAGGCUGAGACUGUUUGGAAUAUGAUCAUUCAAACUCACACACGGUCAGUCUCUAAAAGGUUGUUUUCUAGGAUGAUCUCCUUGUACAACCAUCACCACCUUCCGGAUAAGAUUUUGGAGGUAUUUGCAGAUAUGGAGGAGCUGGGAGUGAAACCUGAUGAAGAUACUGUCUGGAGAAUUGGAAGAGCAUUUCAUGAGCUAGGCCAACCAGACAAACAGAAGCUGGUUUUAGAGAAGUAUCAGAAGAAAUGGAAAUACAUUCAUUUUAAUGGGGAGCGUGCUAGAGUAAGGACAGCUGAUUAUUUGGUUGAUUAAUCACUUCCGCAAGAAAUUGCAAGUCAGGUCAGAGAAUAGCCUGAUUGUUAUGCUUGGUCCUAGCCUAGUUUCAGACGCUGGGGCAUGCUCUUCAAACAUCCGUUGCUUGCAGACUGGCAUAUUAAAGUGCUAGAUUGAGCUUUUGCUAGUAUACAGGGAUCAUGGAUCAAUUACACGGCAGCUAUCAUAAGCCUCCUAUUUGUGAGAUAAAAUAUGAGGGAAUAAUAGAAGUGAUGACAUAUCCCGUGCUCGCAUCUUCUGUUGAAAGCCUUACAACACCCCCGAAAGAAGCUAUCGUAUUGGCUUACUCAAAGUCCGACCACGGUUGGAAAGUUCUCAAGUUUCUCAAGAUUGACCUCUUGAUAGUAUUUAUUGGUCCCAUGCAUGGGUGGUACAGUGGCUGACAUGCUAACCUUUCUCCAACCUCUUAGUUUAAAAUCAAAUCUGUGAGGUGCUGGUGUUCUUUUUAAGUUUCCUUCUGUGUCCGGUAACUGAGCUGGGUAACUGAGCUUGUCUUGUGAGAAAAUGUAUUAGCACAGUAAACUAUCAUAGACCAAGUUUGUAAUCUCGGUAUUGAAUAUUGUAUUGGUACCUUAUUGAUAUAUUUCUGUACCAAAAUAGGUUUCUAACUAUUUUUUUCUAUGUUUA